AUGUAUGAAUUGUUGGUCAGCAUCCACACUGAGGAAGCAGACUAUGGAGGUGCCCUGCAGUUGUUGAACAGAGCCAUUACAGACAUGCCCCACACCAGACAUCAGCUGCCUCUACUCAAAGAUCGCAUAUUUUUGAAAGCACGACUGGGAGAAAGCAUAGAGCUGGACAUGGAGACAUUAAAAGGUGAAGGAGAAGAGUGCUGUUCGUCAGUGUGGCGCCAGAUAGUUCUGUUGACCAAAGACACCAACCAACAGCUGACCUGCUACCAGAGAGCCAUCAAAGAUGGAAUAUUAAAACGUCUCUAUCGCCACCGUGUGGAGGAAAGCACGGAGACUUGGUGGUGUAAAGCCGAUAUUUUGCUAGAAUUUGGGCGAUGGCUGUACUUUCACAACUUCCCCAGAGAAGAAGCCCAGCAGCAGAUACAGUGUGCUGUGGACAUCCUUCUAACCCAGGAACCUGCAGAAGCAGCAGACUCAGGAAGUGUGGCCGAAACGAGUUUAACCACAGAAAAACAUGCGUCUUUGCUAGGAGGUCACGGCUCUUUCACACGGAGUGUGUCUGGUCUGAAGGAGGUGUGUCGCCUCAACCUCUUGGUCCAAGCCCACGUUCUCCUCGCUGUUAAUUCAGACAAGUCCUCACAGGAGCAUCAGCUCAACCUGCUCAGGGCACACACCUUCAUCCUCCAAAUAUGGCAGAGUCGGCCACCUCAGACUCCUGUUUCUGAUACAAGAUCCAAGAAGAAGAAAGUGAAAAAUUUGACCCCUGCAGAAGAUAAAGCUGCUGUGUUGGAUCAGACUUUUCCUUCCACCGUAAAGGACUGGACUCAGUAUGUCUGCCCCGACCCAGUCAGGCAGGCAUUCAGAACCAGCAACAGCAUCAGCAAGCAGACUCAAAGCCUGUUUUAUUUGACCCUGCUGGAGGAAGAGCUGCUCGCUCUCUCACUCCACCAUCUGACCUUACCCGUACUGCACCUGGCUGAGACCAUCGCUCACGACAUUCUGGAGAGAAGGAGCCUCUCAGAUAUUUACAGACUCAAGAUUGUGAGGACGUGUCUUCAGCUGGGGUUGGACUCAUCUUCACCCUACAAGGAGAAGCUUCUGGAUCUGAGCAGAAUCCAAGAAGAAGAACAAAUGCACUUCAGAGCCCAACUUCUCUUGAGAGAGACGUGGAGCAGCCUUUACAAAGGUUUGAACAUGAACGCUGAUCUAAGGAAAGAUGCGUGUGUUUGGGGUCACUGGGUGGAGAAGGCGGAGCUUUGUCUCAGCUUGGGCCUGCAUCAGUCAGCCUGUCAGCAUCUAGCUGAGGCCCUGCAGGCGGCAUUAGAAUUCGGAGACACGGUCACUGCAUCUAGAAGUUUGCUAGGCCUUGCAGCUCUGGCCUGCAAGGGGCAGAACCACCAGCUGGCUCUCAACCUGUUGGAUGAAGCUCAGUCCCACGGUGGGAACGCUCAAUUCUGGUAUCGCCUCACCCUCAUGAGGGUCUCAGCAACAGUGGGCUGUAUAGACCACGAUUCCCAGACCAAGGUGGAUGCUAUUAUAAAAGGAUGCCGUGAGGCUUUGGAGACUUAUCUGGUUGGAGGGCAGGGAGAUAACAGAAUCCAAGAUCUGGAGUUCAUGAUCACCUCAUUAAAUAAAAGAGGUGCUGUGGAAGACAUCCGUGCCGUCAGAGCUAAAGCUGCAGAGACGCUGGGCGCUGACGCGGUCCAGAGGCUAACUGCUGCCUGUCAAACACUUGAAGAGUCAGCCGGUGGUUUCACCAAACUCAGCCUCCACAGCCAGGCAGCAGAGGCACAUCAGGAGUGUUCCCAUGGCCUCGGGCUUCUAGCCUCCUGUUUUACUCACCAAGAGCAGAAACGCCGUUUCCUGCUCCAAGGCUUUUCCCACAUGCAGCUAGCAGUCACGCUGCAGGAGCGCGUGGCGUCAGAAGCUCGGAGGCUGCUCCCUCUCGAGGAGGGUCACGACCUUUCGCUGCCAGCUGAUAGGAGGCUUCAGCACCUGCGGUUGUGCCUGGCAGAGUUUUCUCUGGACAUGCUGGAGGAGCAUUGUGAAGAGGAGAUGUGCCAAGCUUUGGCUCGUGCGAAGAUAACCCCUGCUGAAGUGGCACUGCAGGAGUUUACUCGCAGCACACCUGAGCCCAACUCCACAGAGCAGGAAUGGGUGAGAGCUGUCAGAACCUCGGAGCAGGUGGCUCAGAGCCAGCUGGCCGCAGUCAGCGUUCAGCCGUCGGACAACGUGGAGAUCACGGCUCGCUGCCUGAGCCUGAUGGGAAAGCUCCAGAGACUGCUGGCGGUGCAGGAGGAGCCCACGUGUGUGAAGGCCCUCUGGGACAGAAGAAAGCCGCAAUCCUGUUCGGGUUCUGGUGGCUUUCCCACAGCAGAGCAGAAUUCCGAGAAAGCCAGCGAUUCAAGCGAAGAUAAACCGAGUUUGGCCUCUGCUACAAGUGCUUUUCUGCAGACUCAUGAGCAGUUCAAGUCUUCUUCCAAAGACGAUGCUAAAAGUGCACGCUGAACGCGUGUCUGGACCCCGUUUGGGAUGCAGCCAAGAGAUGUUUUCUGGUUUGGUGUUUUUGUCAUUUGGAGUGAAUUUGCAUGAUUUUGUUCACGUAAACGAUUUUAUUUUAAGAAAGAUUCAUGUUUAGUUUGAGGUUAAUAAAAGUUCUUGGUAUUCAAGUUCAGGAGAAUUUUGUUUACAGUUUGUAAUUUAAAGUUUGUCUCAGAGAGAUUGUCUGAGUGCUGCGACAGCAAACAAACAUUUCAGAGAAAAGUCGUUUUGUUAAUAAAAGACUUGGUUUUACUGUU